AUGUCGCCAAAGGACACGACCUUUGGAUACUGGGAAACGCUAUGUACCACCAAUCCAGGGGUACUGAAGCCCGUAUUCAAUGAGACCCGCUGCGAUAUCAUGGCUGCAAAUAUGGAGCGGUGCAUGGAGUUGUACGACAUUUGUAACCGCAAUCCAGAUCCUGCAAACUGCCAUGCUGCUGCGGAGGUCUGCUAUGUUGGUGUCAUCGGGUGGUAUGAUGACGAGGCGGGCAAGGGAGGGCGCAACAGGUUUGACAUCACGGCGCCGUGUGAAAUCGACGAGAUGUGCUAUGUGGAAGCCGCACGCAUCGAACAGUACCUGAAUACGCCCCGGGUCUGGGAAGCCCUGCAGCCCCCGAAAGAGAUCAAGGAAUACAAAUUCGUCUCCCAGCCUGUGAUCGAUGCUUUUGCCAAGACUGCUGAUGGAAUGACCUCGGUGUCGGACCUUGUGUCAUUUCUCCUGGCCAACAACGUUCACUUCCUAGCCUACCAAGGGAAUCUGGAUCUUGCCUGCAACACCGCGGGAAAUCUCCGCUGGGCGCAUUCAUUGCCCGGGAAGGGCCAGACAGCGUUUACCGCUAAGAAAUUGCAACCUUGGGAGUCUGUCGUUGAUGGAGAGAACGAGAUCGUGGGUUAUGCUAAGGAGGCCGUGGUUCAAGUCGGCCAGAGAGCAUCGCGGUUUGCAUUUGUGACGGUGGAGGGAGCUGGGCAUUUGGUCCCUCAGGACCGACCGGACGUGGCACAGGAUAUGAUGGUAAGAUGGAUUACCGGGGCAGCGUUUAUAUAG